UGCCACCAGAAGGACGCGACAUCGUGGGCUGAGAGUGAGGAGAGGCGCGUUGCUCGGAGGAAGCUCGUCACUGCCUGCGUUAUCAGCCUGGUCUUCAUGACAGGGGAGCUGAUCGGUGGCUAUGCGGCCCACAGCCUGGCCAUAAUGACAGACGCCGUGCAUCUCCUGACAGAUUUUGGCAGCAUCGUGAUGAGCCUCGUCUCUCUGUGGAUCUCCUCCCGGCCUCACACGAAGACCAUGACCUUUGGGUGGCACCGCGCAGAGAUCCUGGGCGUGUUGCUGUCGGUUCUGUCUAUCUGGGUUGUGACGGGGCUGCUGGUGGUGACAGCCGUUCACAGGAUCAUCGACGGCCACUACGAGAUCCAAAGCCAAAUCAUGCUCAUAACCUCAGUCUGUGCUGUGGUUGUCAAUAUCCUAAUGGCCCUUAUCCUCCACCAGUCCGGCCCCUCGCACGGCCACAGCCACAGCCACAGCCACGGAUUUCCCUACAGCCAGCUGCAGACGGGUGAGGAGCAGCGGGGCCACAGCCACGGCAACGCCAGUGUGAAGGCAGCCUUCGUGCACGUGGUGGGCGACCUGCUGCAGAGCCUCGGGGUUCUGCUGGCGGCCAUCAUCAUACAUGUUUGGCCUGACUACAAAAUAGCAGACCCUAUUUGCACCUUCCUGUUCUCCGUUCUUGUUCUUGGAUCAACAUUCACAGUCUCAAAGGACGUGUUCAGAAUCCUCAUGGAGGGCUCCCCUCACCACAUGAACUUCAACGCCGUGAGAGAGAGCCUGCUGUCCAUGGAGGGCGUCAAGGCUACGCACAGCCUGCACAUGUGGGGCCUCAACAUGAGUCACGCUCUGCUGUCCGUCCACGUGGCCGUAGAGGAAGAUGCCGACACGCAGACCGUCCUCAUGAAGGCAACAAAGCUCCUCCGCUCUAACUUUGGCUUCUCCACCAUCACGAUCCAAGUGGAGCGCUACUCGCCAGAAAUGCUCCACUGCUCACAGUGCCAGGAUCUCACAGACUGA